CUCCUCACGGGCAGUCACGUGAUCGUCAAUAGUCACGUGCCCGCCGGCCACCAGUCACCGACCUUCCUACUAGUCUCCUGGGGUUACGCGCUGUCGCGUGUUGCGAGGGGGCGGAGUCAGUAUAUAUACCGCGGUGGCGGGAGUUGGGAGCCCGCCAUUUCCUGUCAGGCGCUGGUAGGUGGCGGUCGAGGUCCCGCUGUGAGGCGAUCAUCUGUGAUCAGGAAGAAGUGUGGAGCAGGCAGUGCAGUGAGGCUGCUGGAGAGAAGGAGGGACACUGAGUGACCACAGGAUAAAAUCAUCUUAGAUCAGGAAGAAGUGUGGAGCAGGCAGUGCAGUGAGGCUGCUGGAGAGAAGACAGCGGAGAGGACACUGAGUGACCACAGGAUAAAAAUGGCUUCUAGUGAUCUAAGGGAUGAGCAGAACUGCUCCAUCUGCCUGAGCAUCUAUACGGAUCCCGUCUCCCUGAGAUGUGGACACAACUUCUGCCGCUCGUGUAUAGUUCAAGUGCUGAAUACACAGGACGGCUCUGGAGGUUACACCUGUCCUGACUGCAGAGAAGAAUAUCCGGAGCGUCCGACCCUGGAGCAGAACAAGAAGUUGGGUAAUAUAGUGGAGGAGAGCAGAUUCUUCUGUUCCUACUGUGUAAAAUCUCCUGUAGCAGCUGUGAAAUCCUGUCUGCAGUGCGAGAACUCUCUAUGUGAUGCCCACCUGAAAGUCCACAACAAGACCAUGGAUCAUAAAUUAGCAGAACCAACCGGCUCCUUUGACAACAAAAAAUGUCCCAUCCACAAGAAGGUUCUGGAGUAUUAUUGUCCACAGGAUGCAGCCUGUCUGUGUGUGUCUUGUUGUCUGGUUGGGAAGCACGGGGGACACCAGGUGGAACUUCUGGAGGAGGCUUCUAAAAAGAAGAAGAAGAGACUACAUAAAAAUCUGGAGGAGCUAAACUCACGAAAAGCAGAAAUUCAGACAAGAGUCCAGAAUCUGCACGACCAUCAGAAGAAUAUGCAGAAGAAGGCCUCAGAUAAGAGGAGGAACAUCAUUAAGCUCUUUCUAGACAUUAAGAAGCAACUGGAAAAGGCUGAAAUGAAGGCGAUGAGGGAGAUCUCGAGACAGGAGAAGAAAAUUGUGUCCCAGAUAUCUGUUCUGGUCAGGAAGCUGGAAAUAGAGGAGGACAAGCUGUUCAGGAAGAUGCGUCGCCUAGAGGAGAUGUGUCAUGUCACUGACCCAAUAAGAUUCUUACAAGAAAAUUACACUCCAGCAUGUGAUCAUGGAGAUGGUGCGGACACCGAGGGAGAUAGUCAAAAGAUCAAGUCUCUGGAUAAUUCUGAUGUUCAGGUGUCUGACACCAAAGUGUGGAGUAAAAGAACUGACGAAAACAUGGUCAUACAAGAAUCAGGGCAUGGAGUGGCCUGUAGUGCUAAGAGCAUGGCAGCAGAAGAAGCCGCUCUAGUCAGUGACUUUCAUAAGAUCGAUAAUCUGGAUGAGACAUCUGAUGACCUGGAUGAGACGUCUGUUGACCUGGAUGUUACGUUUGAUGACCUGGAUGAGACGUCUGAUGACCUGGAUGGGACGUCUGAUGACCUGGGUGGGACGACUGAUGCUCUGGAUGAGACGGCUGAUGACCUGGAUGAGAUUCUCAUCUCACUGACCAUACACCGAUCUAUGUUGGAUAUUAUCACCAAUGUUCCAUCAGAGCUUGGGUUUCAGGUUUCAGACAUAUUGCUGGAUGUGGCCACUGCUGAAGCGUACUUGGAGGUAUCAGAAGAUAUGAAAACAGUAAGAGAAGUAGGAAGACAGAAAAAAAUUAAAUCACCAUUACGGUUUAUAGAUUUCGCACAGGUGUUAGGCAGAUGUAGCCUCUCCUCAGGAAGGCAUUUCUGGGAGGUAGAGUGGAACCAGAUAGGAAGAUGUGAUUUUGGAAUGUCCUAUCCCAGUAUAAGAAGGAAAGGAGAUAGGUGUGGUAUUGGACAGAAUGAUAAAUCCUGGGGCAUCGCUGCCGAGGAACUAGAAUGCUUCUCAGUGAUACAUAACAAUGUCAGUAAAACUUUAGAUUUAGAGCCAAUGUGUUCAACAUUUGGAGUCUUCUUAGACUACGAGGCCGGGCGUCUGUCCUUCUAUGAGAUGUCUGACCGCAUCAGACAUGUACACACUUUCACCGCCUCCUUCACUGAACCCCUACAUGCACUCUUCGGUGUUUAUAAUGGAGCUUCUCUCACAAUAACAACCUGAGGAUGCUGCAAUCCUCACUCUUACUAUACCAGGAUAUCCGUGUUAAGCUGGGUUCACACCACAUUUAGUUAAUACGGGGACCGGAUCCUGCUGGGGCUGGAGUGAAAACUGGGCACUCCCGUACCUUAGCCCACAUCUCAUUUGGAUGAGCUGACCAGAGUCAGAUAGUGACUUUUGUCGGCUCAUUUUUGCCCCGUAUCCGGUUUUGUGACUGGACCUAAAACCGUGGUAUACGGGAUAUACAGGGCAAAAAUGAGCCGACCAGAGUCAGUAUCUGACUCCGGUCUGCUCAUUCAAAUGAAUGAGAUGCAGGCUGGGGUACGAGAGCGUCCGGUUUUCACUCCCCCUAGCCGGAUCUCGUCCCCGUAUUGACAAACUGGUGUGAACGCACCCUUACAUGGGUGAGGCCCAUCAGGCUGUCGCAUAGAGUCCCAUGCAGCCCUGUUUGUCACCAGGUUAGAUUUUUAGUUAUUCUGUUGUCCCAGAAAUAAUCUGCUGUCAGAGCUGUGAAGCGCAGCUGAGCUCUGCUAUAAAGAGUUGGAGGCUGCAAACAGCGAGCUGCGCAGCAAUGUCCUAUAUCAGCAAACAGUAAGAUUGUGUAGGAUGAGGAGUCAUAGUUGUUUGUUUUGGUUGUUUUUUUUUUUGUAUUCCAUUCUGUGUCAAACUUGGAAUAGUGAUACAAAAGAAUAAAAAAAUUCCUUGGCUAAUGUUUUUUUUGUCACAUUGU